UUUAUAUUACGUCGGUUAAUUUUAUUUUCUAUAACCAGCACAGUGGGUCAGUAAUUAGCCGAUUAAUUAUAGACCUGUCAAAGUGAACAGUUAUUUUCACGCUCCGAUUCCCACACUGGAACCGUUAACCGAUAGAUUUUUUGUUUGAUCUUCGUGACGUCAGAUUUAAAUGCCUUCAUGACAGAACAUGAUCAGAAAUCCAUUUAAAAACAUGUUGAAUUUUUUUUACACUGCACAUAUCCUAUUGUGACACUCUGACAGAUUGAACGGAGCCUUGACAUGUACUGUUUUGUGACAGUUGAAUAAUAAUUAAUUUGAUUUGGAGUUAGUGUUCUCAUCACCAUUUAUGUGAAUCAGAUGUAGCUAGACAAAGACGUACCCACCAUGUAAAGGAGAGGUGUGUCGUGGGUCCUUAUCUAUCUAAUCCGUCCAUCAGAACAUGCCCACCCAGGAAAGGAAAAGAUCUCCUCCCGCAAAUGAUGACUGCAAAAGACUGAGACAACUUCUUCAACUCCUCAAUGCUCCAUUUAACAAACAACAGCUUCCAUCCAUCUCCUCAAAGAAAACCGUAAACGUCAGCCAUCAACAAUGGCCGAGUCCCCAGGGUAGGAGUAUACAACACCAGCAGCAAUCCCAGGAGAGUCUGGUCCUAGAAAAGUUCAACUUAAAGUACCAGUCCCAGAGACAGUUUGUGAAUCACCCCCUUCAUGAAAAAUUCUCAGAGGUUUUCAAGGCUCUAAUCAAACAAAGAUUAUGUUGUGUGGACUGGAUUACCUCCGCUCCGUCAGAGAAUGUCCUCCGAUUGGUGACGUGCCUCAGGAUCCUGAUGAGAGAUCCAGAGUACCAGAAGCUCUUCUACUCUCUACGAGGACUUCAAGUCUUCACAGAGCUGUUCACCAAGGCAACCAAGAGCUAUCUUUUAUAUGGAGACUCUCCGUAUUUAGUGGAUAUACUGAAGGAAAUGUCAAACAUUUUCCAGAAGUUUGCAGCUGUAAAUGAGACACAGAGAGAAUGGUUGAUCGAGUGUAAAGUUCAUGAGGGACUACUUCUUCUACUCCGUGGCCAUGGUGAUGACCUUAUUGCACUCCACUGUGCACUACACGCUCUUCUUGCCUUAGCUCAAUGCCCAGAAGCCAGGAAGCUGAUAGCAGAGAGAAACUGUGCUGAAGACUUGCUGGGAAUCAUAAAGGACUAUGACAGUUUGUCCAAAAAACUAGCUGCCAAGCUUCUCCAAAGACUGUGUAAUGAACGUUCGUGUCAGGAAUCAGUGCAGGAGCACCAAGGCAUCCCUAUUUUACUGAGUCAGUUACAUUUUGACAAUGUGAACCUUCUUCUCCCUGUCAUACAGUGUUUAAUCCACAUGUGUACCUACCCUGAGGCAAAUAAAGAGAUCCGACAGAUGGGAGGGAUACCCACAAUCCUAUCUCUACUCAGGAAUGACAGAAACUUCAUGACAGAGAGAAGUGAGAAUGGUUGUAGUGCAGCCAGCGCAGGGCCUCACGGUAGAUCACCCAUAGAUGAUAUUGUAUUCGAUAAUGUAAUGGCAGCCAAUGAGAAAACGUCAGGCAGACAGGCUGAGGAACUUAUGGAUCAAAAAUAUCAAGUGAAAUGUGCGUGUUGUACAGCUUUAACAGAGCUGGUAAUGAACGAUGCUAACGCCCAACAGAUUGUUCAGUCUAAUGGAAUAUAUACGCUGGGAUGUUUAAUUUUACCUCCGUGUGAAAAGUGCUCACCAGAAGAAACAAAACUGUGUAAAAGUCUGCAGAAGUACAGCUUCCGUGCUCUCCGGUUUUUGUUCAGUAUGGAGAGAAAUCGACGGCUGUUCAAGCGAUUGUUUCCUGUGGAUUUAUUUGAAAUGUUUAUAAACAUUGGUCACUACAAACAGGACUUGAAUGAAUACAAGCCGCUAGUGGAAAAAAUUAACGGUUUGACUGCUGAGGUGGUUGAAGAAAUUCUGGUCAACAUCCAGGAAACAAACUUAAAUCGAUCUCCAACUCGCCAUAUUGGAGACUACUCUGUGUUCGAAUUGUUAGGGAAAGGUGCUUUUGGAUCUGUGUAUAAAGUGUGCAAGGGGACUGCUGGACAGACCUUCCUAGCCAUGAAAGAGAUAAAUUAUGAGUCGCCCGCCUUUGGUCGGAAUUCACAGGAACGCAAUCAAAGUGUAGGGGAGAUAAUCAAUGAAAUUGCCAUAAUACGGAAGCAAAUGAAACACCCCAAUAUUGUCCGUUACUACAAAACAUUUGUACAAGAAGAAAAGCUCUAUAUUGUGAUGGAGUUGAUUGAGGGGGCCCCAUUAGGGGAACACUUUAAUUCACUGAAGGAAAAGAACAUGAAGUUCCCAGAAGAUAGGAUAUGGAAUAUUUUCAUGCAGUUGGUGCUGGCACUGAGAUAUCUGCAUAAGGAGAAGGGGAUUCUUCACCGAGACCUGACCCCUAACAACAUCAUGUUAGGAGAGGAUGACAAAGUCACUAUCACUGAUUUUGGAUUAGCCAAACAGAAGAGAAGUGACUGCAGUAAAAUGACUUCAGUAGUGGGCACCAUUCUCUAUUGGUGUCCGGAGAUAGUACAGAACUUUCCGUAUGGAGAGAAGGCUGACGUCUGGGCUCUGGGCUGUAUCCUUUAUCAGAUGUGUACACUAAAGCCCCCCUUCUUCAGUGACAAUAUGUUGGUGCUUGUUAACAAGAUUGUGAAUGCAGAGUAUACAGCUAUUCCAGAGGGAGCUUACUCCGACAGAAUUAUUCAGACUGUCAGAAGCUGUAUUUGUAAAUCAGUGGACGAUCGUCCUGACACGGUUCAGUUGGCAUCACAGAUCGCUGACAAACUCCUGGUACAUGUGGACAACCUCAGGAUUAAUCAGAUAACACUAGAGAAAAAGCUAGAGAAGGAACAAAAGAAAUCACAAAGACAUUACUUUGAGGCUAACCAGAACAUGCAGAAGUACCAUCAGUUGUUCCAGAUCUCUCAGGAGAAGUACGACCGCUUGGCCAACCUGGCGGGUAGUGGAGGGGCGGUGGCCCUGAAGGACGGGGACAUUAUUGACCCGAGUCUGGUGGAGGUCGAGUUUACCCGAGCUCUCCAGUCCGAGUCCCUCUCUUCAGGAGGUUUAUCUUCUGAUGAGGAGGAUGAAAGCUGCCCCAGCAGUGAGUGUGAGAGUAGGGAGAGCAGUGCUGGGAGUACCCGGGGGACCAGACGCCUCCCCUCCAUCCCCCGCCCGCCCCACACCCCAAAGACACGACGGGCUGAGCGCAGACCCAAGCGGUCACAGUUCACCUUGUCUCCUCUCAGUCUGGACAUUCCUAAUGGCCACUCUCGGACGAUUCGUGACUCUGGGUACAGUUCAGGUGACCCCUCCCCCAGUAAUCUGACAUCGGCCUCCAGUUCCUCUGACCUGCUGAUUAAUGGCCACGAGCAGAGUCUGACAGCACGGGACUACCAUCGCUCUAACAGCAUGCCAGCUCCGCAGUCUGUCGCCAGGAACAAGAAGAAAACCAAGAGACCCAACAGUGCUAACACACCAACUGUGACAAUAUCCCAGCGUAAAGUGCGACAGAUCAGUGACCCGAUUCAGCAGAUGAUGCAUCAGCUUCACAAAAUCCUGUACAUCUGUCAGCUUCCACCCACCUUAGAUCCACACCCCAAACGUAGACUGGUGGAGAAGUUCAAAAGGGCAUUGUUUGCUCCCGAUAGUAACAGCCUCAAUCUGAAGACAGAGGUCAAAAAGUUGAUGUCUGGAUCAAGGGAGAUAAUUGACAUGAACUUAGGUCCUGUAGAGAGUAAGAGAGUUAGUUCAGCCAGUUCUGUAGAAGGGGAGACCACUCCAGACGAUAACAGUGUGAACCACCAGUUUGAUCCUGAUUUUAAGGAAGCAGGGAUAACCUAUGAACAAAUGCAGACUUACAUAGAGGGCAUUCUCAGUGACUGUGGCUACUAUAGCAGUUUGCCCAGUGCCCGAGGCAGAACUCCGCCCCUGGGCCCAAUAUUACCCAAGUAAACUAUACAGCUGCCAGAGAGAGUAUCAGAAAUUCUCCCCGUUUUAGUCUAGAUUCGCCUGAGAUGAAAUUGCACAUCUUUGUGUCAGUUCUGGAAAAUACCUAGGCCCUUGUUAUUUUAAAGAUUGACAGAGAAGAUUCAAUUGUUAUGUUAUACUUUGUUUUGUACCUUUUUAAGGGAUUUAUCAUCUGAAAGCAUUCCUUAAAAGAAUUCCAUGAAUUUUCUAAAUCAUUCCAGACAUUAUAGGAACAAUUUUCCAAGUAUCACAAGACAGUAUUAACAAUACAUGUAAUACUUCUCAAAACUGAUAAGCAGCAUUAAAAUUUUUCUGAUUAUUACCAAAUCAAAAAAAGAAUUUUACCCCACCAGAAGUUGUUGAGAUAUAAAAAGAUGUUUACAGCUUGUUAUAGAGAUGUUCAAAUUAUUUACAUCAAAAUGUUUCUGUUGUUGAUGUGUUUUUUGUAAUGAUUUUAGUGAUAUUACAUCCAUAUUUAUUUUUCAAAAGUGAUUUGUAAAAUCUGAACUUUCAGGGAAUGUUUUACUCCCUUUUACGUCACAUUCCAUUCCAGUUCUGGGUAAAUAUCAGGUGUAUAACUAAGGGUGGGGGCAUACAGAGAAGAUUUUCUAUGAUGUACUGUCGAUGAAUAGAUUUUUUUGUCACCCACAUAAAAAUUAUCUAAUGUUGAUAUUUUAUUUUUUUUGCCAUUAUGUUCAUAUGAUUCCCUCCAGAAAUGUUCACAUAUUUAUAUGUUUAUUCGUUUUAUUUUUAAACCAAUUUUUUUUUUUUCAUUUUUGCUCCACAAAAUUUAUAUUUUUACAUAUAAGCCGUCCAUGGUCCCUUUUGUUUUUAAUUUGUUGGGAGGUUGCCAGUAUAUAUUAUUUUGUCUCCUAUCAUGAUUUCAUUUCCAGUAUUGUUUUGCUAAAAUGCAUGUACUUGUGUAUUGAAAAAAUAAAUCAAUUUUCAAACAAGAAAAAAAAAAAACUAAAGAAUUCAGUAAGUAUUUAAGUGACUGAUUAAAAUUCACAUAGCAUUUUUGCACAAUAUACAACUGUAGUAGAAACAAAUUGACAUUAAAAGUUAAUGGAUUGGGAAAAGGGAUGGGGUCAUUAAUUUAUUUUAAAUGAUUCUAUGAUUGUUUUAAUUUAUUUAUUUUAAUUGUGUAUAUUAUUUAUCAUGCUUAACUUAAUCCCACACAUAAAAGUGCUAUACGAUGAUGUACCAGUUGUAAUUACGUAGGAUGAAAUAAGAUUUGAUUUGAAUUGGGUAUAGAAAUGGCUAUUUGCUUGGUUCAUUCAAAUGAUUCUCAAAGAGAAAUAUUUAUUAAGAGCAGAUACCUAUUACAUGAAAUUUGAUAUAAUGUAAUGAUCAUUGUUGAUUGUAUACAAUCUCGGUGUGGUGUAUAUUGUUGAUUCCUGUGAUUUUUUUCCCAAUGUUUUGUUGUGGUUCAUAUAUACCGUCCAUUUUUAUUUUAAGGUUGCAUGUUGUCAGAUAUAUUUAAUUAUUGUUGAUAAUGUUAUGAUAAGUAAUUUAUGAAUUAAUAUAUAUUAUAAAUUAUUAAUUAUGAAAUAGUAUACUGAUCUUGUUGUUCAGAUUUAGUUCUGACUGAUUUUUGUUGAUCAUUAGUUUUUAUCUUGGGACAAAACAAUAUAGAUUUUAUGUCAGUGCACUGCAUGUAUCAAAAGAUGGUUAUAUUGAUGACACUGCAUUUGUUUGAUAGUCUUUAUGUAAACUUAUGAACUUAUACAACAUGUACAAGUAAACUUUUAAUUUUAUUUUUUAAUUUGACACUAAUUACUAUGAAAUUUAUAAGAAAAUAUAUAUAACUGCAUUUGAAGCUUUCAGAGGAAAAGAAGAGAUGCUGAAAAUCUAAUCACUGAGAUUUUCUAUCUAAGUCAGAUUAACAUAGUGUGCAUUCUUUUUCGUUUAAAACAUCUUUUACACUUUUCAUGAAUUUCACAUAAUCAUAUCCUUAACAGUAAGUCAUUUCCUUUUCUGUGUAUAAUCAUUAAACCUCAGUGAUGCAUUGAAGGAUUGUCACAUUCAUUAAUUCAUCCAUGAAUAUACCCCUUGUUUUGUGUGUUUUUAUUUUUUCUCCGUCCAAUUUUAUUAUUUUAAUCCCAAAUUCCACAGUCAUUUUUAAACACAUUUACAUAAAGUGAUUAAUGUACUUAACUUUUUGCUUAUGUAUAUAUAGAUAUAAACCUAGCUGUUUUAUUUUACUUUGUAUAAACUGAUGAUUUAUACAUGUGAUGGAUCGCUUUCCCACUAUGUUUUGUUGAUGAGUCCAUGAAUAUUUAUCUUGAAAACAUGACAAUUUCAUUUGUCAAUAAAUAAUAUAAAUCUA